GGACUGCUGUUAAAUGGACUAGGUAAACUAAAUCGUGAUCUACCACGAAUAAAAAUGUGUGCAAGAUGACAUUCUUAAAGCUGAAAUUUUAUUUGUAAAAUAAUAAUGCGAAGAAAGUAAAUGAACGACUGGCUUAUCUUUCUCCUGGUAUAAGGUUACCAAGAUCACAAAGAGAGUAAAGGAACCAUGAAAAGCUUCCUAUCUUUUGUUACACUGAUAAUGUACUGGUACCAACCAGUCCAAUGUCAACCACGUCCUGAAUGUGCUCCUGAUUAUCCUAAUCGACCCCCUGACUGCCCAGUGUGUCCACCAGAGGGAUGCAGGUCCUCUACGAUGGAUAUAGCUACACGUACUCCUAUUGAGAAUGUUACAUCUACCUCAACAGAAAAAACACAAUUUCAAACUGAUGACCCAGAUAAUGGAGGAGGAGAUGGAGGAACUCGCUGGGAAUGUGCCCCAGAUAAUCUUAACAGACCCCAAGACUGCGUAACAACUACUCCAGCUCCAAUAUCAACCAGCAGAACUACAACUCCACUAACAACUACUCGCCCGGAAUGUGCCCCAGAUAAUCCUAACAGACCCGAAGACUGCGUAACAACUACUCCAGCUCCAAUAUCAACCAGCAGAACUACAACUCCACUGACAACUACUCGCCCGGAAUGUGCCCCAGAUAAUCCUAAUAGACCCCAAGACUGCGUAACAACUACUCCAGCUCCAAUAUCCACCAGCAGUACCACUACUCCAUUAACAACUACUCGCCGGGAAUGUGCCCCAGAUUAUCCUAACAGACCCCAAGACUGCGUAACAACUACUCCAGCUCCAAUAUCCACCAGCAGAACCACAACUCGCCAAACAACUACUCCAGCUCCAAUACCCACCACAAACAACACAGGGCGUCCCAUUGUUGUUGAUGGGCACAGUUCAGCUGGUCGAACAGUGGCCGAAAUUUUACCCCUUAUAUCCCUGUUUUCUAUCCUUUUAUUUCUUUAAUUAUAUUUUCGAUUUGCAAGAGCGGAUAUUAUAAAGACGUAUCUAAAUUCGUUCUUAUUUUGUACAUAGAUUCUUCUAUGAUAUCUUGUUAAUAUUUAAAAACAUAGUACAUAUUUCAUUUUUCUUUUUAUCAUUUUCAGUCGUUUUUAUAAACUUUACGUCAGUCACUUUUAUUCCAGUAAAAUGUUCUAUUUUGAAAACUACCAGGAACGAUAACUCUUUAAUCUGUAAAUUAAUUCAAAAGGUCUCAAAACGAAGCUUGAAAAGUAUUUCUUUUCAUGCAACAAUUUUCAUUUUAUACCUUUCGAUGUGCUUCACUGUUCUUUGAAGUUCUCAGAAAGGUUUUAUUAAAGGUCGAAAUUUUUACCCCAUAAAAGUAUUUUAAAAUGACACAUUUAAAGUAAUUGAGGUUCAUUUUAUUCUGACCAAAGAUAUCAAUGUUUAUCAAUAUGAUAUGAAAUUAGAAGUAAUUUAUGGUGUUCUGCAAUUAUAGAAAAAUCUGUAUACACUUAGCAUUGUAAAAUGAUCGAAGUAAAUAGAAGAAAUUAAUGUACCUUAAGUGUAUAAAAAUUGUGCAGUUUCUUCAAAAGCCUGGGUACCUAUGAUUUUUAUUUCUAAAAUGUGGUUGUUGAUCAAACUUGAUAUGGAAAAUGCAUAGUAGAUGUUUUAAUUCGCAUUUCCUGAAUAUUUAUUUUGAAAUUUACUAAUUUUCCCUUAUAAAAUGAUUAACUUUAAAGAUGGAAUUGGAAAAAUUACCGUGUGUUACUCUGACAAGUCAGACAUUUUUGUGAGCAUUUGAAAUAUUUAAUGGAAGCCAGAAAAAUUUAUAAGUAGGACACAGCGACCUUUGCAGUUAACACACAUCCAUCGUCUGAUACAUUUACCCAAGGGUGAUUUCGUCUUUCACCUACCGCACUUUAACGUAGUCAUCUGGCUUUUCCCUUUAUUCUAUAACACUCGGAAGUCGAGAGUUACCCGUUAAGUGUCGUUUUUGCAUCACUUCCGUAAUUUCUGCUUUGAUAUUUCCAAAUCUUGGAGCAUUUUUCAUGUUUACGCUGCAUACUCGAAUUAUUGUGGAAUGCCUGGGCAAUUAAAUAGCACGAUUAAAGACAGAAAUAUCUAACGAAACAAGAUAUCAUGACACAUUUUGGUGACAUGUAGUAGGUAUAUGAUAUCUUAGGCCCGAUUUUCGAGAGGGGUAUCCGAUGUAAACAAAUGGAAGUGAAUUACCUUCUCUAUUUUAUAACCAUUCGUAGGCAUACUCGAUGAAAUAACC